UCUUGCAUGCGUUUCAAGUUGAACCGAGUGUCGUUUAUAUAAGCGCGUGAUGUUGAGGUUACAUGUGUGUGUAUUGGAAGCGAGAGACUUACCCGCCGUGAAGGACUCUUAUUAUUUUGUGAAGCUUAAACUUGGGAAAUCCAAGUCCAAGACUUGUAUGGUAUUGACGAACACGAACAACCCUGUUUGGAACGAGGAGUUUGUUUUCAAGGUGCGUGAUCAGGACGUGCUUGUUGUCUCUGUUCUAAACAGUCAUCAUUUUCUUCUGGGUGAGGUGCGGAUUCCUGUUAAGAAGCAAUUAACCUUGCAGCCAACGUGGUUCUCCCUUCAGACUGACAAGUUUCUCAACAAGUAUUGUGGGAAAAUUCUUCUUGCCAUUUCUCUUUAUGGUAAAAGCCACACUUCUUUAAUCAAUCAUAAACAUUCUCCAAAUUCAAAUAUUUCAAUUGAGGACUCUAAAGACUUCAAAGGUUUGAAGAUUUUAUCCAAGGCACCUUAUUGCAAAAUGGGUGAAGGCAAACAGUUGUUUAAGGUUAUUGCUAAUCGUCUUGACAGAAUUUUCAAUAAGAAAGAAGGAAACUCAGCAAAACCAGGAGAUUCUUCAGAAAUAUCCACUUCAUUAUCUGACUUUGAAGACAUUGCACAUGCAAAUGAAAAUUCAUCCCCUUGCAGCUUUGAAGGAGCUAUUGCGCAAAUGGAAUCGAGACAUGACAAACAAGAAAUGCCUGAAAAUUUGCAUGGUGGUGUAUUAGUAGAUCAGAUCUACGCAGUGUCUCCUCACGAUCUAAAUGCCAUUCUUUUCGCACCAGAUUCACAGUUCAGGAAAGAUUUAGCAGAACUACAAGGAACAAAAAAUAUGCAAGAGGGGCCUUGGACAUGGAAAGAUGGAGACAUGUCUCGUUUGGCCCGAGUUGUUUCCUUUACAAAGGCUGCUACAAAGUUGUUUAAGGCUGUUAAUGCCACUGAGGAACAAACCUACAUUAGAGUGGCUAAAGAGGAAUUUGCAGUACUUGUUAGUGUUAACACACCUGAAGUUCCAUAUGGGAACACAUUUCAGGUUGAACUUCUUUACAAGAUAAUGCCUGGAGGAGAGUUAUCUGAUGAAGAGGAAUCCUCUCAUCUUGUUAUUUCAUGGGGCAUUAUCUUCCUUCAAAGCACAAUGAUGAAAGGCAUGAUAGAAUCUGGGGCUAAACAAGGAUUGAAGGAUAGUUUUGACCAGUUCUCAAACCUACUUGCACAGAGAUUCAAGGUGCUAGAUAAGGCUGAUUUAUCAGACAAGAAACACUUGUUGGCAACUUUGCAAACAGAAGACCAGUGGCAUUGGUGGCAGGCAGCAACAUAUUUUUGGAAUUUCACUUUUGUUUCAACCCUUUUAAUGUUUUUGUAUGUGUUGGUUCAUAUUUUGAGGUGUGGUCCAAGUCAUCCUCAGGGCUUGGAAUUUAGUGGGAUUGAAUUGCCCGAUAGCUUUGGAGAGCUUGUUACAAGUGGAAUUUUAAUCAUCCAGAUGCAACGUGUAUAUAACAUGAUCUCUCACUUCGUGCAAGCUAGAUUUCAAAUGGGAUCUGACCAUGGCCUGAAAGCCCAAGGCGAUGGAUGGGUUGUAACUGUUGCUUUGAUUGAGGGGACUGACCUGGCCUCCAUGGAGUCAACAGGUUUGUCAGAUCCCUAUGUGGUUCUCACCUGUAAUGGACAGACAAGAUCAAGCUCUGUCAAGCUUCAAACAUCCGAUCCUCAAUGGAAUGAGGUAUUAGAGUUUGAUGCUAUGGAAGAACCACCAUCAGUUUUAGAUGUGGAAGUCUUUGAUUUUGAUGGUCCAUUUGACCAGGAUGUUUCACUUGGACAUGCCGAGAUCAAUUUUCUGAAGCAAACAUCAACAGAAUUGGCAGACAUGUGGGUCAUGCUUGAAGGAAAGCUCGCUCAGUCUUCUCAAUCAAAGUUGCAUUUGAGAAUUUUCUUAGACAAUAACAAAGGUGUUGAAACAAUCAAAGAGUAUUUGGAGAAGAAGGAAAAGGAAGUAGGCAAAAAGUUGAAUCUUCGAUCACCUCAAAGGAAUUCUACAUUCCAGAAGUUGUUUGGGUUGCCUCCGGAGGAAUUUCUAAUCAAGGAUUUCACAUGUUCUCUGAAAAGAAAAAUGCCUUUGCAGGGUCGGCUAUAUCUAUCGGCAAGGAUUCUGGGGUUUUUUGCCAAUUUGUUUGGACAUAAAACUAAUUUUUUCUUCCUUUGGGAAGAUAUUGAGGACAUUCAAGUGCUUCCUCCAUCAUGGGCAUCAUUAGGAAGUCCUACAUUGGUCAUAAUUCUUCGAGCAGGUCGAGGCAUUGAUGCAAGGCAUGGUGCAAAGACUCAAGAUGAAGAAGGGAGACUUAGGUUUCAUUUUCAGUCAUUUGUUUCAUUUAGUGCUGCCUCCAGAAUAAUAAUGGCCUUGUGGAGAACAAGAAUGCUAAACCCGUAUCAGAAAGAACAGCUCAUAGAAGAUCAUGAGAGUCAAGAAGGCGUUGUAAUUCCCGAAGAUUCUGAAUUAAUCCUAGAGGAUGAAGCAAAAAUGUCCAUCAUUUACUCUGCAGAACUUCCAAUUAACAUGAAGUCGGUGAUGGGAAUUUUUUGUGGAGGAAGCCUGGAGCAUAAAAUUAUGAAGAGAACUGGAUGUUUGAACUAUGAAACCACAGCUUGGGAACAAGUAAAGCUCGGUGUCCUCGAAAGGCGUGUUUCAUACCAAAUCAAUCUGCAUGCUUCAGUUUUUGGUGAAGUCACAUGUACACAACAAAAAUUGCCAAAUGCAAACACCGGAGGCUGGAUUGUGAAUGAAGUUAUGACACUUCAUGGUGUCCCAUUUGCUGAUCAUUUUCGGAUUCAUUUUAGGUACGAAAUUGAGAAAUCCGUUCUUGGUGACUGUGCUUGUAAGUGUGAAGUGUAUAAUGGAAUCAUGUGGCUUAGGAGCUCUAAGUUUCAACAAAGGAUCAACCGGAACAUAACAGCCAAGUUUAGCGUUAAGUUGAAGGAAACAUUUGAACUGGUUCAGAAAGAGAUUUUGUUGAUGUCUCAGAACUCACAUGGCUAACCUUUUUUGACAAACAUGGCUAACGUUGAAAGGAUAAAAUUGUAGUAGGCACACACAAAAAUUGCAUUAUGUAGAGCAGUAGAAGCAAGAUUACAUUUGUGUAGAGCAUUUAGGUUUAUUAGUUAUCAAUAAAAAGAAGAAAAUUUUAAUUUUUUUUUCCUACCAUAGAUGU